UCUGGGCAGGCGUUUUCUACCUGCGUAAAUAUUUGGCUCCUCGUCCAUGCGACCUAAGACAUUGAAAUUUUGACUCGGAGCCAAUAUGUCUUUUCAUCCAAGAGCGUCCGAGUUGGAGGAAACUCCCACCGCCGUAGCAGUGAGUCAACGCGAUCGAGAACCCCGCGCGUGUCCGGCCGUCAUAGAGCUCAGCGACGCGGUGUCCGUGUCACUGGGUUUGGACUCGGGUUCCCAGCAAAGCGACAUAAAUCAUCGCCCUUACGGCGCCUUUGCGGAGAGCGUCCAGACUCUCUGUGACACUUCCCCCAGUGGAGCCGCGGAGUUGGGCUCGGCGGGCGCGACUCUGACUGCGGGGUCAACCAGGCAGCCGGCGAAUGAAGCAAAGUCAAGUCGAGAGGAUUGCGAAGAAGUGUGCCGCGACGUAUAUCGGGUCAGCUGCAUGGAUUUGCUCAGGUCGGGCGAAUGUGGCGGCGCGCAAACCGCGGCGCACGGCCCGGUGGUUGCGCGUUAUGCCUGCAGGGACGCCGAAGAGCUCACGAGCCCGGCGGACCAAGUGUCCGUCCCCCCUCGGCCAGACGAGCGGCCGCCGUUGAAACCGCACUCCUCGUACUCGGCGAGCGCGGCGGCGAUGUUCGGGGGCGCGGCAGGAGUGUGGUGCGUCGCUGAACACAUUCGCAGCGGCCGAACCGAACCGCUGCGAGGCGGAUUAGGGGGCCACAAUUUCUACUGUAAAUACCGCAACUACGGACAGGCCGGGGGCAGGCAGCAGUGCUACUGCGUCCCCUCCGCUGACUGCCCGGGGGGCGGCGGAGUUCAAGCGGAGAUGGCGCACGGGUAUGGCCAAGUGGAAAGUUACCAAAGUACAACUUCUCAGGGGCAAGCCGGUUGCUCCGCUGUCAAGACUGAAGAUACUACCGGUUGGGUGAACUACAGCGGUUCAAACUUCAGGUAUGAGGGUUUGUUCCCAGGUAUGAGUGUGUAUCUGUCUGAUCGGAGGGUGUGCCAGGUGUGUGGGGACGAUGCCUCGGGCUGUCACUAUGGAGCUGUGACCUGCGGUAGCUGCAAGGUAUUCUUCAAGAGAGCUGCUGCAGGUAAGCAGAACCACCUGUGUGCCAGCCGCAAUGACUGCACCAUCGACAAACUGAGGAGAAAGAACUGUGCCUCGUGCCGCUUGAAGAGGUGCUUCCUGUCGGGAAUGAGCCUCAAAGGCCGAAGGCUGAAAGGGGCAGGGCAGAUGAGUCACGGAGAAGAGGAGCAGCCUCGGGGCACAUGGGGUUAUGAAGAAAGACAAGAGAGGGUAGAGAAGCAGGUUGGGGCCUUGGGGUCAAGCUGUUCGGCUGUCCAGUCUUGCAGUGUUGCAGAAUCGUCCCAGCUGCUGGAUCUACAUCCUGCCCCCACCUUGCAAUCAUGUCUAUCUCUGCUGAGCUUGCUUCAGGCUAUUGAGCCGACUGUUGUGAACGCGGGUCAUGACCCUGGCCAGCCUGACUGCCCUGCAUCCUUGCUAACCAGCCUCAACGAGCUGGGAGAGAGACAACUUGUUAGUGUGGUGCGCUGGGCCAAGGCAAUGCCAGGUUUCCGUAACCUUCACGUGGAUGAUCAGAUGUCAGUGAUUCAGUCUUCAUGGAUGGGGGUGAUGGUGUUUGCUCUGGGUUGGCGGUCAUACACACUCACCAACGGCGCCAUGCUGUACUUUGCCCCUGACCUGGUCUUCAAUGACGAACGAAUGCAAGUGUCUAGUAUGUAUGACCAUUGUGUGAGGAUGAAGCUGCUCUCCCAGAGGUUCUACAUACUGAGGGUCACCCAGGAGGAGUUUCUCUGCAUGAAGGCCCUGCUCCUCUUUAGCAUCAUACCAGUGGAGGGUUUGAAGAACCAGCAUUGUUUUGAUGAGCUGCGGACCUCCUACAUAAAUGAGCUGGACCGCCUGGCCAGCCACCACAGAGAGACCACCCAUACUCGGAGACUGUUUCAGCUCACACAACUGCUGGACCAUCUCCAGCCGAUUGUGAGAAAGCUGCACCAGUUCGCUUAUGAUCUGUUCAUCGGCGCUCAGGCCUUGCCGACACGCAUCAGCUUCCCGGAGAUGAUUGCGGAGAUAGUGAGCGUUCAUGUGCCCAAGAUCCUCACAGGCUUGGUCAGGCCAAUCCCUUUCCACAAAAUGGUCUAAAGUGCGUUUCAGCCAAGCGCUCAUCCCAUAUUACGCCUGAACUCCCUACACCUAAUCCUUCGGCCAUUUCUGGUACACCCAGAAGAGUUAAACAGGACUAAAUUGUGAGUCAUAAUCCCCACAUUUUCUUACAGCGGUGUUGGUGUGUCAGGUGGGAGUACGGCUAUGUUUGCGAUGUCUCCAAAUGUUUUGGAUGAUAGAAUUUAUGGCUGCAGUCUGAUACUGGGUACAUUAUUGAACUCUUUUGUAUUGUAAUAAAAUCUACUCGUUUCUUUUCACGACUUGGUCAUAUCACAAACGUCAAAAAUGUCUUAAUCUGAACACGAGAUUUAACGCUACAGUUCACUUUCCUACAGUUCACUACUUCCUAGUGUGGUGGCACGGUGUCCCAGUGGUUAGCACUGUUGCCUCACAGCCAGAAGGUCCUGGGUUCGAACCCCAGGCUGUCCCAGGUCCUUUCUGUGUGGAGUUGGCGUGUUCGCCGCGUGUCUGCGUGGGUUUCCUCCGGGUGCUCCGGUUUCCUCCCACCAUCAAAAAGACAUGCAUGUUAGGGUUAAUACUCCUGUCUGUGCCCCUGAGCAAGGCAAUGGAAAGAAGAACUGGAGUUGGUCCCCGGGCGCUGCAUCUACCCACCGCUCCUAUACAAUAGGAUGGGUUCAAUGCAGAAAACAAAUUUCGCUGUAACCAUACAAUGACAAAAUAAAGUGGCCUUCUUCUUCUUUCCUUCUAUUUAGCACGGUGAAACUCUUGACCCAUAGAAAAUAAAUACAUCUUUAGCAUCUAGCAUCGACAGGAUUUGAGCAUGCACAAAUGAUAGGGGCCAUUUCAAAAAUGUAUGUCGGUAAGCAUGCUAAGUGAAAUAUUUCUCUGUUCAUUCUUACAGCGCCUACUUUUAUAGAUGCAUGAAGGGAUUUUGCAGGGCUAUCGCCAAUGAAACGCAUUUUUUUAGUCUAUCAAUAGACACUGGGGCAACAACAUUGCCCCAAGAGUAUUGUUGCUUUAGUCAACAGAUCUGUAAAAUUGAUUUUUUUUCCAUUUCAUCUUACUGCAAACGAAUGCAGUCAUGCGAGGUGAUCACAAAGCCACUAGUGUGUCUCAAAGACCAGUGCAUGUUCAUGAAUAUUUUUACAAUGCCAAAGAUGGUUUUGCAAUUUUGAAAGAAAUAUUCUGCAGUGCCAUGCAAAAUGAAAGUUAAUUCAACCACAGAAAUAACCAACAGACAACACACAAAUUCACUAAGGCUUUACUAGCCUCCUACUAUCCAAUUAUUCGACUAAACGAAGGCUCUUUCUUUCCCUCCUCCUGUCUCUUUCCAUUUGCUGUUUGCUUGUUUUUGUGUAAGACUUCGAUCUGAGGCAUGUUUUACCCUGAACGGGGAUUUUAAACUGUUGUAUUUUUUUUUAUUUUAAGUUCGCACUUGUGAGGUUUUGCUGACCGUUGCUAUAUUGUGUGCAUCAUCAUGCAUCUAAUGCAUGAUGAUUUCAUGGGUAAUGUAUUCCAGUGGCCUUUAAUAAAAAUGACUACAUAAAAUGACCAAGAAAAAAAGCACAUUACACGGAUAUGAACAGAAUACAUGCAUUGUGUUUGCCUCCUCGCUAACAAUACAAGUCUAGCUAAAAGAUUGUCCGUUCUCUAACUCUAUAAAACAAGUUGUAAAAAAAAAAAAGUGAAGCAUGAUUUUCAACUCAUUUGUGAAUGACAAAGACAGAACGGGACAUGUUGCACAGCACAUAUUGUGUUACUUCCCAAACGCCUUCAAAGAUGUGAUGUCCUCUGAAUGUUUGACGACGAUAAUAUAUUCAUACGUCC